UUGGCAAUUUGCCAUGCAGUUUGUUCCUGCAUAUAGAGCCACGUAUGUUUCUUUGCUUAGUUUUUAUUAUAGCUGGAUGGAGUCACUGUCGUGAUUGUUUAAAUGUUUCUUUUACUAUUCUCAUUGUAAAAGUGAUAUUCUUAUAUUACUAUUAAAAUGUAAUCAAUGCAACAUUUUUUGAAAAGUCAUGUGAACAGAAUGUCCUCUUUCAGUGACAGUGUGUAACAGUUUCACUUUCACAAGGAAAGUGAAACUGUUCUUUGACCUUCUUUUACAGUGUCAGGCAGACAUCUUAGUGAGCAGGGAAGGCACUAACUUUCUUUAAGAAUGGCAGAUAAGUCGUUAUUGUUAACCCUGAAACAUGAGCUUUCCUGUGGUGUGUGCUGUGAGAUUGUCAAGGAUCCUGUAACUCUUCACUGUAACCACAGCUUCUGUAAAGCAUGUCUGGAUCCGUGCUGGAAAGAGAAAGAAACUCGGGUGUGUCGAGUGUGCAAGAGAAGGUCCUCACUGGAGGAUCUAUUCAUCAAUUUCACACUGAAGAAUAUUGCAGAGUCGUACCUUAUGAGCCAGAAAUCCUCACCAACUAUUGAAAUGGUUUGUAGGAAGCAUCAAGAAAAACCAAAGCUGUUCUGUAUGGAUGAGGAAAAGGCAAUCUGUGUUGUUUGUCAAGCUUCAAAAGAACAUACAAGUCAUAAAGUGAUACCGAUCGAAGAAGCUGUGCUGGAAUAUAAGAUGCAGUGGUGUUCACAUGCAGUGGUGUUCGUGUGUUCAGAUGCAGUGGUGUUCAUGUGUUCAGAUGCAGUGGUGUUCGUGUGUUCAGAUGCAGUGGUGUUCGUGUGUUCAGAUGCAGCGGUGUUCGUGUGUUCAGAUGCAGCGGUGUUCGUGUGUUCAGAUGCAGUGGUGUUCGUGUGUUCUGAUGCAGCGGUGUUCAUGUGUUCUGAUGCAGCGGUGUUCGUGUGUUCAGAUGCAGCGGUGUUCGUGUGUUCAGAUGCAGUGGUGUUCGUGUGUUCAGAUGCAGUGGUGUUCGUGUGUUCUGAUGCAGUGGUGUUCGUGUGUUCAGAUGCAGUGGUGUUCAUGUGUUCUGAUGCAGUGGUGUUCGUGUGUUCAGAUGCAGUGGUGUUCGUGUGUUCAGAUGCAGCGGUGUUCGUGUGUUCAGAUGCAGCGGUGUUCGUGUGUUCUGAUGCAGUGGUGUUCGUGUGUUCAGAUGCAGCGGUGUUCGUGUGUUCUGAUGCAGCGGUGUUCGUGUGUUCUGAUGCAGUGGUGUUCGUGUGUUCUGAUGCAGUGGUGUUCGUGUGUUCAGAUGCAGUGGUGUUCAUGUGUUCUGAUGCAGCGGUGUUCGUGUGUUCAGAUGCAGUGGUGUUCAUGUGUUCUGAUGCAGUGGUGUUCGUGUGUUCAGAUGCAGUGGUGUUCAUGUGUUCAGAUGCAGUGGUGUUCGUGUGUUCAGAUGCAGUGGUGUUCGUGUGUUCUGAUGCAGUGGUGUUCAUGUGUUCUGAUGCAGUGGUGUUCAUGUGUUCAUUAUUCAUAUAUCUGUACUUUGCAUCUGUGUCUUCAUUUAAAGUAUAGGAACCCCUUUCAUAUUUACUAGAUUAUAUUUCCUGUUUUUCAAAUGUCAGAAAAAUCCAAAAUUGUUAACCAAAGAAUUAGGGGUGGAGAUAUACCUCAAAACAAAUUUAAUAUUUCAGAUGUUCAAGACGAUAUAGGAUAUUUAUCACAGUAUAUUUAACAUUCAAAUUAAGGUAUAUUUAAUUUUUAUGUUUUUUGCAAUUGUAUGUUAAAAUAAAGCUAGAACUAAUUUUAAAAGCUGCUUUUAUAUAAUACUACAGCCCCAAAUGCUUCUAAUACAGUGCGUUUAAAUCAUUCGCAAAACAGAACAUGCUUUACUUUCAAAGCUUUUUCUCAUGUUGGGCCAUGACUGAAAAACACACGCAUACAUGUUAUCAUAAGAAGUUACUUACUGUUUAUACAUGGGUGCAUGUAACAUACAACAACAGAAACACAAUUAAAUAUAGUUUAAUAUUCAAUAUUAAAAGUACGUCAUGUUUAAUAUAGCUAGUGAAGCCAGGGCAAGUGAAAGUGAAACAGCACAGGGCACCUGGUCUAAGGCUGCUUUUAACACUAGUUAAACAUACUCUAAAUAACACAAAGAUGGGUACAUUCACACUUAAUAAAAUAAGGCAAAUGUCUUACUGCUAGCAAGGUGAAGCCUGUGUCCAAAACACUGGAUUCUAUACAUCAGGUACAUUGAACAUAAUUAAAAUGAACCUUUGUUAAAAGUUUAACGUGACGUCUGAUUGAUUAAAGGGUUGACUUGACAUUCAAUCCAAUAAUAGGCGUUCUGGAAUUAAAAAUUGAAAUAAUCGACUGCAUGACAAAUAUGAAUCUGUACCAUCUAUUGAUUGCCACAUGAAGUUCAUUUUCAGUUCGCGCCAUGCGCAAGAUAAGAUAAAGAAAAAAAACAAAAAACGAUGUCAUUUAUUUGCUUUUAUCGUCAUUAAAAAAAUACCAGUAACAACAACAAUACCGCUUAUCACCCAACCCUACAAAGAAUAUCAUGUGUGUACUUUUUAUACCUCUUCAGUGAAGAGGCUACAGAUUGGGGAGGAAGGGAGCAGGGAGCUGAUUCAGUGUGUAAUAAAACAUUCAGAGAUCUGGGUACAAAGAGGCUUUACAAAUCAGACAACUAGACCCGAGGGGUCCAAAGUGUAAAGUCAGGACAGUUAUACAGUAUAUGCAAAGUGUAAAGUCAGGACACAGUUAUACAGUAUAUGCAAAGUGUAAAGUCAGGGCACAGUUAUACAGUAUAUGCAAAGUGUGAAGUCAGGGCACAGUUAUACAGUAUAUGCAAAGUGUAAAGUCAGGGCACAGUUAUACAGUAUAUGCAAAGUGUAAAGUCAGGGCACAGUUAUACAGUAUAUGCAAAGUGUAAAGUCAGGACACAGUUAUACAGUAUAUGCAAAGUGUAAAGUCAGCACACAAUUAUACAGUAUAUGCAAAUAAAAUGGAAGAUUGAUAUGUACUUUCUUUGCACACUAUGAACGUUCAUGGAGUGUUCUGGUAAUACAACAUGUAUGUUUAAACCUCGCUGUACAUUUAACAGCUGAAUUGAGAGAAUGGCUUUCUAGAUCAAGCUCUGCAUCUGUUUAGCAGCGUGGCAUGAUUUGGAACUGAGCGAUUCGCCCGGCCAUUCUGUCAUCGGAUCUGAAUGAAUGUAAGAGACCUGGCAGCAUGCAUGGAACCCAACUCAGAGUAACAAACCCUUAUCACUAUGAUUAAUAAUAUGCCUUUCCAUUUGGAUUACUGUAAAUAAACAGAUCUGCAGUAAAAACCUGAACUGAAAAUCACUACAGGGCCUGGCCAUGCUUACUGGCUGGUAAGAGCAGGUUUUACUCUGCAUGUAAUCCUAAAUACAUCACAUUUAGUGAGACAAAACAAUGAAAAUGAAAUGAGUGAAUAAAUAAGGUAAGCGACAUGACCGUUCCAUAUAGAAGAAAUGCAAUGCAGAUUUUAUUUUUAACAAACAAACAAACCCAUUUUGACCCUGACAGGCCCAGCCAGCGUUUACUGCAGGUCUAGUAUCAGUAACAGGACAAGCUGCUCAGUGCUGGUGCCCACAUGGCAGACCAGUGUGUGCUGAUGCUUCCCCUGAGCACUCCUAAAACACCCUGAAACAGCAUUCACACUUCUCCCAGUGUGCUUACUGGACCUAGGGCAGCCGACCAGCAUCUCCCUGAUUCCCAGUGACUAGCAUGUGCUGUGCUGCACUGCCCCCUGCUGUUUUCAACACAAUAUAUACAGUGUUAAAGGUGCAAACUCGUUUUCAAUUGAA